AUGGUCCUGAAGGAGAUUCCCAAUAAGGCGUCCCAAGAAGGCAAACCCCUCCUCACGGUCACCAACAAGCAUGUGAGUGAACCACAGGAGAGUCGCCCCCUGCUGAGUCCCUCCAUCGAUGACUUCCUGUGUGAGACUAAGUGUGAUGGAGCUGCCCGUCCCGUAACGUCCAACACAGCAGUCCUGUCCUCAUCUCUGGACCUACUGGACCUGAGUGAGCCCGGUGAUAGUAGGAACAGCAGAAAAAGUCCGGUGUCCAUUAAGAACACACCUUACAGAAAGAAGCUGGAUGAAACGGAGCUGAUCCAGGUGGACGUGGAACAGAACAAACCCUGCUCCCGCACGUCUGCCAAAGAUUCUCUGGAUUCAGCAGCUGUUCCAUCAGCGCUCGAUAAAUGGGACGAGCUCAGCCUUCAUCCGGAGAGAACCGGGAGCAGGAAGUGGAAACUUGACCGAAGAAGCUCUUCAAAAAAUUCUGUAGAGUUUGCAUGGUCCACUGACAGCAAAACACAACCUGAACCCGCCACCAAGAACUCAUUAGAAAUAAAUUACAAGGUGGAGACGGAGACAUCCCCGUCUACCCAGCUCAACAAGCAGUAUGUUAGUGGAAGACAUGGCCGACUGAGCAAAGACCAGAGGUGGGGUGGAGGGCUUCUCUCCAGAAACCAGUCCCUUGAGGAGGAGUUUGAGCGUGCUAAAGCAGCCGUGGAGUCGGACACGGAGUUCUGGGAUAAGAUGCAGGCUGAGUGGGAGGAACUGGCUCGCAGGAACUGGUUAACGGAGAACGAGCAGGCCCAGAUUCCCACCUCGAUCUCUCCCUACGAAAAGGGGUACUACUUCCACACGGACAAUCCUUAUAAAGACUGGCCAAACGCAUUCGAGGAGGGACUGAGGAAGGCCAGAGAGGGAGAUCUGCCCAACGCUGUCCUGCUUCUGGAGGCCGCCAUCCUACAGGACCCUCAGGACUCUGAGGCUUGGCAGGUACUGGGCACCACACAGGCUGAGAACGAGAACGAGCAGGCAGCAAUUGUCUCCCUCCAGAGGUGUCUGGAGCUCCACCCGAACAACCUCCAGGCUCUGAUGGCUCUGGCAGUGAGCCUGACCAACACAGGUAUGAAGCAGGAAGCAUGUGAGGCGCUGCUGGGCUGGCUGAGGCACAACCCCAAAUACAAACAGCUGCUGAAGAACCGCCCCAACCUGCAGAGCUCGCCGGGCUCACGCCGACUGUCCUACUCUGCACCCGUAGCGUGUCCCUUCCUGCCCGAGGUGAAGGAGCUUUUCCUGGAAGCUGUUCAGCUAAACCCAGACACGAUAGACCCGGACCUGCAGACGGGCCUGGGAGUUCUCUACAACCUCAGCUCCGAGUUCAGCAAGGCCGUGGACGCCUUCAACGCUGCACUGUCAGUCCGGCCAGAGGACUACUUGCUGUGGAAUCGUUUGGGGGCGACGCUGGCUAACGGCGACCGCAGUGAGGAGGCGGUGGAAGCGUACACCCGAGCCCUGGAGCUCCAGCCUGGCUUCAUCCGAUCUCGCUACAACCUGGGCAUCAGCUGCAUCAACCUUGGAGCUCACAGAGAAGCAGCCAGCAACUUCCUGACAGCGCUGAGCCUGCAGAGGAAGAGCAGAAGCCGGCAGCUCUCGCACCAGGUCAUGUCCGGUAACAUCUGGGCGGCAUUAAAAGUCGCUCUCUCCUUGAUGGACCAGCCGGAGCUCUUUCAGGCAGCCAACAUCGGGGACUUGGACUUACUCAUGAGAGCUUUCAACCUGGACAUGUGAUUGAACAAGCCAGAAACCCAAAGUUCUCCAACUGAUGGAUUCGAUAUCAUUUACAGACUGUUUUUUAAUCUUCCUUCUUUUGCAGAGCACUUUUACAUUCCUAAGAACGUCGAGUGCUAAACGAGGGACCGUUUUAAAUGGACUCGCACCACUGCGAUGUUAGAUUUCCCUGAAGAGCACAAGCGCUGGAGAAGACUGUAGAACUACAUCUGGCAGAACCGGAUUCUGCUCUAGGAACUAUUGUUGCUUAUCUCACGUAUAUGAGCUGAGAUGAGACAAAUGCAAAACUGAUUUUUUUUUAUA